CAAAUUUUAUAAGUAUACAGAGAAUAUUACAAGAGCAUAACCAAUUCCGUAUUUGAAUGUCCCGCCAGCAUGGCGUUGCUAAAAUAUUCCUAUCUCCUCUUCGCACCUCGCUACCAAAAUGUUUCUAGAUAUCAGCCAAUGGGCGGCGUAUUCGUGAAUUCAAACGCCAUGACGCGAUACGAGCGACCGGUACAGUCGAGGACGUUCAAGUUUCGAAGCGAUCAGAAGCGAUGCUCGAAGUAGUGAUGCCGAGUAGCGUACGCAGGUAAAACUGUCGUAUAACGAGUGUAAAUAAGUGUCACUUACGAGCCACGUGACGCGCGUGAACGACGUACUAUCUGUCAAUCGAUGACUCGGACCGAUCUACGGAGACUGCUCAGUUUGACAGGUGCCGUGUCUCGUCUAUCGCGGCAGAGACAUCCUUUCAACUUUCUCUCUCUGUCUCCUCGUUUUGCAUGUUCGAUGUACCUCGAUCGGUGAGACCGAGCACUGAAGAAGGCUUGACAUCGAGAAUAUCAAUGAAGGAUUCUUAAUGCACGCCGCAGAUGCCUCUUCGGGUACUUAUUUAUUUCGAUCAGUGAAGAUAGUCUCAGAAGUCUCAGUAUGUCGGAGCUUACAACAAACGACAGAUACAGUUUUGAUAGCAUGAGCGCUGGCAGAUUACCAACACAGAACGUUACACUCCCAAAGUCUCAACCAGUACGCCUCAAGGCGCUUCUGCAAAGCGAUGAUGAGGAAGACGACGAUGAUGAAAGUGAGGAGAAACCUCAUCAAUCUGGGGACGAAUCGGAUUUCGAGGAGCCUCUGCCGCAAGACGAUCCUGCUGAAGAUGUCCUACAGGAAACGCUCGUACUUAAAAAAGCAGGCAUUGAUUCUUCAUCGAUUGAAUUAACGGAUGGAGUCUUGAAAACUGCGUGUAUACUAUCAAAAGAGAAUCGUGAAGUUGUAACUAGCACUCCUUCUAUACAAAGAGAAAGAAGUAUUGCAACUGAUAAAGAACAAUGUAAAGUCAACGAAGUAAAUUUUGAAAGGCAUAUAUCAGAUAUACCUGUUAGCGAGCUGAAUAAAGUAGAGACUUACAGCUCUAAGCAAGAAGAAAAAACACAGGAAUAUCACAGUGGAACGUUUACUUUGAAAAGUCAAGCGAAUACUGUUCAUAAUUAUUCAACAAAUGUAGCCUUGCUUCCUCCAUCGUUAUCGGUUUACAAAGGGGAUUAUAACACAAAGUUUGAUACCAAUAAGAAUCCACAACUAAUAGUCAACAGUAAUCAGUUGCAUCAUGAAAACGCUUACAUGUCAGAUAUAUUAAAUAAAAGAAAGGAGGGAUCCGUGUACAGCACACCGGCAGAGAACAAGAUAUUGUUAACAAGGAGUAAUGAGUUGAAUCUAAGCAAGGAUGAUCAACGAUAUAAAGGAACGUAUAGCUUUAACGAGCAGACAAAUAAGGAUUGCGAGGAAGAUACUUACAAAAUUCCGAACGUUCUGUCGGAAUCCGCCCCCUGCAUAUCUCAAACAUCUGAAAAUGUGAUGCAUCUUGUAAGACAUGGUCCGCAAAAGAACGUUACAAGAUACGAAGCGAAUGAAAAGUAUACACCAGCGAAAAAUACGUGCGCGGAAUUUAGCACACCUUCAUUGAACGAAACGGGCAAAUUGCUAGCGACGAAUAAUCGCUUGGUCUCGGAAACUCCAUUGAAGCAUGUGCAAACCAAUGUGCAUCCGAGUCCGUGCACGUCGCAUAAGCAACUAUUUCAAACUCCACAAAACAAAUUAUCUGGCGGUCCGAGUAAGAGUCAUGUUCAGACACCUUCCACAACAUCGUCCAAUUGGUAUCAUGGUAAUGUGAGACAUACACCGAUGGAAGGAAAAAGUUUUGUUGCGAGAGAUCAUGUGCAAAUGUCUAAGAAUGCAAUUCGUACACCCAUUGUGGAAAAACCAGAUUCUUCGAGAUACUUUGGAAUGGAUAUCAAAAACAUGAGACGGCCUUUAACAGAUGCUACAUUAAUACACGGUGAUUCCUUGGCUCAUUCUCUGGAAUCAAAGCCGGUCCCAUUGCAUACACGUUCAGAAGUAAAGAACGUCACAUCUGAGUCGCAACAAGAAGACAGAAGUAAGAAAACGGUUGGACUAUCAGACGUGAAAUUAAUGCAGACGGAAACAAAUUACGAUAAUGAUCCGAAAUUGGUGAAACCUAUCGAAGAAGUGAAAGACAACAAACAAUCUAAUGUACUGGGGAAUAAUACAAAAACUGUGCAAAAUAAAAAUGAAGGCAAACAGAUGAUAAUUGAUUCUAAUGUGGACAGAAUGUUAAUACAGAAUUCUCAAAAAUACAGCGGGGAACAUAAUGUUCCGAAUGCAGACUGCAAAAAUUCACAUUACUUGGCCCGCGAGAAACAAUUCAAGGAGUUUCAGCAAAUAGAUAAGAUUGCAAACGUACCCUUCACCAUACCUUCGGGCAUUCCUUCACAACGGCAAGGAAAGACAUUAAUCGUAAAAGAUAAAGAGUACUUGAUCUUAGGCUCUCUUGGGCGAGGAAUGAGCGGCGAAGUCCUACGAGUGCAGGACGUGUCCUCUGGCGAAUUACGCGCUGUCAAAUGCGUUGACUUAAGCAAGAUGGACAAAGAUUCAGCCCAGGGUUGCUUGGAUGAAAUUUCCAUGUUGCACAAAUUACAAGCACCCUGCGUCGUUAAAAUGUUCGAUUAUCACAUUAAAGAUUCUAUGGUUUAUGUAGUGAUGGAAAUGGGCGACACCGAUCUCAGUCGACUUCUAAAAUCCAUGUCCCAAGAAAAGCAAAUCUCUAUUACAAUGAUUCUGUAUUAUUGGACUGAGAUGCUUACGGCUGUAAAACACAUACACGAUAAUGGAGUCAUACAUUCAGACUUGAAACCAGGGAAUUUUUUACUAGUACGAGGUCGACUUAAAUUAAUAGAUUUUGGAAUCGCCUCUAGUGUAAAUUCGGACAUGACAUCCGUUGUAAAAAAUAAUCCGAUUGGGACGUUAAAUUAUAUUAGUCCAGAAGCUUUAAUGGAUAUUGGUGGAAACUCGGAUUCGCCUACGCACCAUGUUAAAUAUAAGAUAAGUUUCAAGUCAGACGUAUGGUCACUGGGAUGUAUUUUGUAUAGUUUGGUGUAUGGGCACACGCCUUUCCAUCAUAUACGUUCUCAGUGGGCAAAGGUGAACGCUAUAACUAAUCCGAAGCCGAACAUUUCGUUCCCGGUCACGGCAAGCGGCGAGGACCGUCAAAGCUGUGAGCGCGCACCGCCUGUUCUAAUCGACGUAAUGCGGAAAUGUCUUCAACACGACCCGAAAGCAAGACCAACGGUGUCACAACUGUUGCAGGUGCAAUAUGUGCCCAAUACGCCGAGUAUCGCACUUUCGGUGGCUUCCAACAUCCCAGCAAAUGUUCUCGUGAAGAUAAAGCAUGCUCUGAGCGAGGACGAAUGGAGGCUAUUAGUCGAGGUAUUAGACACAAGGCGACAUACAUAAUGUAAUAAUAACUUAUCUAUUAACUGAUGUACAUAAAAGCGUUUGUAUAUACAUAUAAGAGACAAUAUGCAAUAAAGCGCAAAUAUACAGAA